AUGUCCUUCAAAGAGAAAAUCAAAGGCAUAGGAGGUAAUGCUUCAUACGAAGCAAAGGCUCGCGUCUUACGAGAACAGCUUGAAGCUAAGCUUCCAGCCGGUCUCAAACUCCCCUCAGCAAUUCUCGAGGACCCACCUCUUGAUAUCACUCGCAUUGCUGAGACGUGUGGCUUGCUCACUGUCCAAGAGCUGGCUAUCACUGAACUAGAUGCGACCGCUGUGUGCCAAAAGAUUGCUGCAGGCGAGCUGACAGCAGUCGAGGCUGUCACUGCCUUUGGAAAGCGCGCAGCUAUCGCUCAUCAGCUCACAGCUUGUCUUAUGGACUUUUUCCUCGACGAAGGCAUCAAACAAGCGCAGCAGCUGGACGAGUACUUCCACAAAGAAGGCAAGGUCAUUGGGCCACUCCAUGGACUGCCAAUUUCAGUCAAAGGCCAUUACGCACUCAAGGGGACAGUUGGGUGCGGAGGCUUUCUCGUGAAUAUGGAAACUUCGACGGAAGACUGCGAUAUGACAAGCAUUCUGCGUUCAUUGGGUGCAGUAUUCUAUGUCAAGACGAAUCAGCCACAGUCUGUGAUGCACCUCGAAUCUAAGUCUUCCUACGGUCGAGUGUUGAACCCCCACAAUACGAACCUUACUGCAGGAGGAUCUUCUGGUGGUGAAUCAGCCCUUGUCGCCAUGAAGGGCUCUUGUAUGGGUAUUGGCACCGAUGGCGGAGGAUCCAUUCGAUGCCCGUCCGCCCAUUGUGGUAUAUACGGAAUCCGUCCGUCCUCUCGGACGACACCCACCCAUGGAAAUCUUUGGUAUCAACAUGGCCAGGACGGAGUCUUUCCUUCCACAGGUCCGAUGUGUCGUUCAGCACGAGACAUGCGACUUUUCCUCGAAGCUGUCCUUGGGGCCAAUCCUUCACUUCGGGACCCAGAUGCUUUACCUAUUCCACUGAAAGUGCCAGAUCUGACCCAGAAGAAACUGAGGGUAGGAAUCAUGAUGCACGACGGGGUCGUGAUGCCUCAUCCUCCAACUAUGCGAGCACUGAAUUUGGUGAAAGAAAAGCUUGAGGCAUCGUCAGAGGUUGAGGUAGUAGACUACAUUCCGUAUGACCACGACCGCGGAUACAGCUUAAUUCGCGAGCUCUACUAUGAGGAUGGAGGAGCUACAGUCCGACAUCUUCUAGAGGAAGGUGGAGAAGAUAUGCAUCCGCUGACAGAAUGGGUAAUCAGUCCACCACAUGUGAAGAAUCAUGAUGCCGCGCAAAUUUGGAAGCUCCGUGAUCAACGUGAUGACUAUCGGCGGGAGUACUCUGAUCACUGGUGGUCCCAAAACGUCGACGUCGUCGUAUGCCCACCUUUCCAAGGUACAGCUAGCCCCCACGACACUACAAAAUAUUGGAGCUACACCGCUAUCUGGAAUUUGCUAGACUACCCAGGGGCAGUCUUCCCGACAGGUCUCGUUGCUGACCCAACCGUUGACAUAUAUCAGGAGUCACCUAGGCCGAUGAGUGCGGCAGAUGAAUACAAUAUCUCUUUGUAUGAUGCAGCGAUAUUCAAAAGAGCCCCAGUGUCGCUGCAGACCGUGAGCCGAAGAUUCAAUGAUGGUUUGGUGCUGGCAGCACAGGAUGUAAUUGAACGGAUCCUCCAGUCUUAG